GCUAUCGAUCAAGUAGUUAAUCUUAUAUAAAGCAAUCAAUUGAAAAAAGUGAAAUAUGAAUUCGCUAAUUUCAGCUGUAUUCGGCAUUUUGGCGGUAAAUGUGUCCUUCGUCAUUGGAUGGGGUUAUCGAGCAUCUGAUCAACGCCGAUGGGCGGUGCUGCAUCCAGCUUGUGGUGGUCGCCAACAAUCACCCAUAGCCAUAUCCGCUCGACAGGCCAUCCCUAUUUCCAUUCCAGCCAUGGAAAUGAUUGGUUAUCAAAACCCCUUACCUGGACCUCUGACCGUAACAAAUAAUGGACAUUCAGUUGCACUCACAAUACCUAAAUAUUCGUCCGAGGAAGAAAAGAAAGGUUUUCGCCUCCCAUACAUCUUUGGAGGACCACUCGAUAAUGAGUACGAGAUCGAAGGUCUGCACUUCCAUUGGGGCGACAAGAACAAUCGGGGUUCAGAACAUACUCUGAAUGACAUGAGGCUUCCCCUUGAAAUGCACAUUAUCCAUAGGAACAAGAAAUACAGGAGCUUGGCUGAAGCUCUCCAACAUCCUGAUGGUCUUUGUGUACUCGCUUUCUUCUACCAGGUUGUCGAAUUCGACGCUAAGCUUCUCACUCCAAUUGUAAAGAAUCUAUCAGCUAUCGAGAACUACAACACUACCAUGCAGCUACCACACACCUUCUCCCUAUCCUCCAUCCUUUCAGGUCUUGAUAGCGAACGUUUCUAUACCUACAAGGGCUCUCUGACCACCCCUCCCUGCGCUGAAGCUGUUACAUGGGUUGUGUUCUCAGACUAUCUACCUAUUUCCGUAUUUCAGAUGGAUAACUUCCGCGGUCUCCUCUCCAAUUUGAACCUUCCUCUGGUUGACAACUUUAGACAGUUACAGCCUCUCUUCGGUCGCCGUGUCUUCGUUCGUAUUACUUCAAAGAAUCCUAAAUUCAAGAAAACUAAAUUACAUUACUCCAAAUGGGAUUGGGUUGGCCACAAGAAAACUGAAAAUGACAUCGCCGAAUUCGACGAUUAAUAAAUACAACUUGAAGAGAUAUUUAAAGUAACCACUCACUGCAUCUCGUUCUCUCUACGGGUAAUAAUUGAUAAUGUAUCACCACCAAAUAGUAUUGAGUAAUUGUUAUUAUCUGUUUAAUAUGUGUGCACUGUAUAAUUUUGUAUGUGUGCGAAUAGUAUUAUUUUGUGUAAGUUAUUAAUAAUACAUGUAAAU